AUGUAUCCAGGUAACGGAAGGUAUACCUACAAUAAUAACAACCCUAAUACAUAUAAUAAUGGGAAUGCAAAUUCUGGUAAUUAUGGUAGGCCUGCAAUGCCACCUCCACCUAUGAACUAUAACAAUAACAAUGGUCAAAUGAACUAUAAUAAUCAGAUGAACUAUAACAACAACAAUGGUAAUGCUCAGAUGAAUUAUAACAAUAAUGGUAACAAUCAGGUAAAUUAUAAUAGACCGUCUGGAGCUCCACCAAGUUAUAAUAAUAGUGUAUCCCGUAACAAUAAUAGUAAUAAUAAUCAAAAUAAUAACAACCAAAACAAUUACAAUGGUUAUCAAAGACCUACAGGUGCACCACCACAAUCAUUAAACAAUCCAAGUUAUUCAGGUGCUCCAUCAAAUUAUUCUCAACCUUCAAAUUUUCAAGCUCCACCAACAACACCACAAUCUUUCAAUGGUAAUUUUACUAAUGAACAGUAUCAAUAUUCCCAAUGUACAGGUCGUCGUAAGGCAUUAAUUAUUGGGAUUAAUUAUAUUGGUACCCAAAAUGCUUUAAGAGGUUGUAUCAAUGAUGCUCAUAAUAUCUUUAAUUUUUUAACUCAAUAUCAUGGUUAUGCCGCAGAGGAUAUUGUAAUUCUAACAGAUGAUCAAACUGAUUUAGUUAGAGUACCAACUAGAGCUAAUAUGAUUCGUGCAAUGCAAUGGUUGGUUAAGGAUGCACAACCAAACGAUUCUUUAUUUUUCCAUUAUUCAGGUCAUGGUGGACAAACAGAGGAUUUAGAUGGUGAUGAAGAAAGUGGUUUUGAUAGUACUGUUUAUCCAGUAGAUUUUCAAGCUACAAGCCACAUUGUUGAUGAUGAAAUGCAUGAUAUUAUGGUGAAACCAUUAUUACCAGGUGUUAGAUUAACUGCAUUAUUUGAUUCAUGUCAUUCUGGUACUGCGUUAGAUUUACCUUACGUUUAUUCAACUAAAGGUGUAGUGAAGGAACCUAACAUGUGGAAGGAUGUAGGAGGCGAUGGUUUACAAGCUGCUAUGGCUUAUGCCACAGGGAAUAGAACCGCAUUAGUCAGUUCCUUGGGGUCGAUGUUUAAUACUGUGAGAAAAGGUAUGAAUAAUAACGUCGAUAGAGAAAAGGUAAGACAAAUUAAGUUUUCUGCAGCCGACGUAGUUAUGUUUUCUGGUUCAAAGGAUAAUCAAACAUCUGCAGAUGCUAUAGAAGAUGGUAAAAAUACUGGUGCAAUGUCAUACUCAUUCAUCAAAUGUUUAACAUUGCAACCUUUACAAUCAUAUUUAUCCCUUCUACAAAAUAUGAGACAAGAAUUAAGUAGUAAAUAUACUCAAAAACCUCAAUUAUCAGCAUCUCACCCAAUGGAUGUUAAUCUACAAUUUAUUAUGUAG